GGUAAACCACUUACCUUUGCGCUUUGGCUAGAGAGAUACAGUGUGAAGAGGGAAGGUGGGGGUUGGAUCUGAGGAGUUUUAAAAAAAAAAGCCUUUGAUGGUACUUUCCUUUUGAAAGAUUAGUUCUAGGAGAGAAAACAUCAGCUACUUGUUUCAGCAUUGUGCUGGCUACUUGACACAUUACCUAGAAUCACCUGGGAACCAUAAGUAACGAGUUUCAUCCCUCAGAUUGAUCCGUUGAAAGAGAGAGAAAAGAGAAAGAAAAGAGAAGAGAAGAAAAAAAAUCAAGCUGCAAGCCAUAUAUGGAGAAAUCCAGUGUGUGAGUUUUGUGACGUCAUGUUCUGCUCUCGGACUUCUCAAGCUGAAGUAGGCUGUGCUUUGUAAAGCUGGCCAUAAGAAAAACAAAACCAGUGUUCUGAAGAUGGAGCUCAGAGGCAGAGCAUUUGUCUAGCAAAAACAACCCUGGGUUCAUCCAAGCUUCAACACGGAGACAGUCUGCAUUCUAUCAGAACACUGAGGCUCUGGAUUCUAGGUCCAGCAGCAAGCAGAGGGACCAUGCAGGUCAUCCUUGCUGUGAUGGUCUGGAUGGCUUCUUCUGUAUCUAGUUCUUCAUAUACAGCACAGACUUUGCCAGAUGUAACAAACGAGGACUUCAUCAAAGAAUGUGUUCAAGUUCACAACCAGCUUCGGUCAAAAGUGAACCCAGCAGCCAGAAAUAUGCUGUACAUGUCCUGGGACUCAAAACUAGCCCAAAUUGCAAAGGCCUGGGCAACAUCCUGUGAAUUUAAACACAACCCACAGCUGCAUUCACGGAUACACCCAAAUUUCACUGCCCUGGGAGAAAACAUCUGGUUUGGCUCUCUAUCCCUCUUCUCAGUAUCUUCCGCCAUCUCCGCCUGGUAUAAAGAAAUCAAGGACUAUGACUUCAGCACUAGGAAAUGUACAGGAGUCUGUGGCCAUUACACUCAGGUUGUUUGGGCAGAUAGUUACAAGCUUGGCUGUGCAGUGCAACUUUGCCUUAAAGGAACAAUUUUUAUAUGCAACUAUGGACCAGCAGGAAAUUACCCAACAUGGCCAUAUAAGCAAGGAGCCACUUGCAGUAACUGCCCAAAAGAUGACAAGUGUCUGAACAAUCUCUGCACUAACCCACGACGGGAUCAGGUCUCACGUUACCACUCUGUUGAUUAUCCAGACUGGCCUAUAUAUCUACGUAACAGAUACACAUCUCUCUUUCUCAUUGCUAAGUCAGUUCUUCUAUUACUGUGUGUUAUAAUUACCAUUUGGGUAAAGCACAAAUAUCCUAACUUAGUUCUUUUGGACUAAUGCCAUGGUUGGGGAACAGCUUACUCAUAUGUGGCUAUUUUAAAAUGUUUCAAUAAAAUCUUAGUCAAAAGAACUUAGUUUUCUAAGUCUACAGAGUUAACUUGUCUUUCUACAUUAUGAAUUCGGACUGACCAGGUUUCUACAGGUAGACUUUCAGUAACGUACUCCUGGGAAAUCUAACAGAUUUCUGUAAAUCUUUGAUAAUUCUAAGUCCAGUUGCUGUCAAAAAUACUUGCUGCUCUUGUGAAGCCCGGUGUCUGAUUUCUAGCCCCAUCACUGUGUCUCAUUACCACCGACACCUCUAGUUCCAGUGCAUUCUAUGCCCUCCUCUAGCCUCCGGGGGCGGGGACCAGGUGUGCACAGGCUUACAUGUAGGGUAGAUAGCCAUAUACAUUUUUCCGGUAUCAUUUCGUCAAUCAGAAUAAAUUUGGUUUAGAGGCCUUGGA